AUGUUGUUUGCAAUCCAGCCGCACACCUCUCAUUCGCAGAGAAGCUUCUCCGAGUCUCGAUUCGAUUCCCAGAUAAGAGAGCGGUGGGACCUGAGAACAAAAAAGCCCAGGGAGUCAACGGAUAUCUUAUCCACUAAGAGAUCAUUUCGGGUAGAAGAAGAGUCCCUUCCACCAGAUGUAGUGUCGGAAGAUCAACCCUUGCCAAUGCCACUGCUCGAGAUGAAGAUCGCUUUGAAGGUUUCCUUCGAUAAAUGCCGCUCACUGCUGGAAGACUUCGACCGCGAAUUCAGAAGACCAAGGAGGCGUAUCAUCAUGUCCAGUUUGGGGAUAUACUGGGAUCCUUUGGAUCCUUCGUAUCAUGUGCGAUGUAGCCCGUCUUUUUCUGACGGUCAAAAAUUCACAGUUUUGUUCUCUUAUUCGAUAAGUGAUCUUAAGUGUUGCUAUGAUUAUGGUACUAUCGCCGAUCCAGUUGAAUGUACGAUCUGGAAGAAAUCGGAAGAGGCAAACCCGGAAAGCUAUGAAAGGCAACAACAGGAGCUGCAGGAGAAACGACUGUGCUACAAACCACGUCACAGGAACAAGGUGCAAAAGGAGCCUUCCGGAUUUACCAAUGUUCUAACAAGACAUGAUACUAUACUGGAGAUUGUCGAUAACCUCGAGCAAAAUCCCUUGUCUUCGCUUCAAAUCGAGACUAAGGUGGAGUGGCGUACGGCUCACGGCCGAUCCUCACUCAAGAAUUGGAGACGUGGAGCCGGAAAGAGUAAAUCCUGGAAGCUAUGUUCGAAAAGUACGGUGCCGAAACAGACUCGUCUCAAUGCGAGCAGACGAAGCUCGAAAGGGGUGGUGUACCGUUCUGCACAGCCCCCACUAUGGCUACCAGCUGCAUUCAUACGUUCUCAGACAGCAAAAAAGUCUUCAUGGCCAGGCUAUAUGCUACGACGUCAAGAUAUCGAUUCAGUUCCAAGGCGCGUAAGAUGCCAUGAUCCCUAUACCCAUGACUUUGAGGAUACGCCUAUUUCCCAGCAUGGAAAACACCAUACAAAAGCAGCUCAAAAAGUCAAAACCUGGGAAUCUGAAUCAGAGAUUGCUGAGGAUAUGAACGGAGAGCCUGCAGGUGCAUUCAUACGGUUUACAUGGAAAGACAAAAUCUUAACCAACAGAACCAGACAACUCGAUCGGUUCUUAUCAGCCAGUUCUAUACUACAUAGCUACUGGCAUGUCACUGGUUUUCUCCGCAACGAAAGUUUCGCAGACGUCUAUUCGCUAAGCAAACCUCCUUUCACUCCUUCGUCAGCAGAACCUGAAGCAUCGCUAGAGGCCCACGUAUUCCUUGACGAAUACCAUGGGAAUUGCGCCGUCUACGCCAGUCGCUCGAAGAACCGCAUGAGACAAAGCGGAAACUGUCUCGACACUUUCUGGCACAACGGCAGGCACGUAUUCAUCAUGAAGAUACCCAAGAAACCCACUCUAUUCAAACUACGCAACUCAGAAGAAGAUUUUCCUGUUCUUGUCGAUAAAAACAAGUGCAAUGAGCAGGUGGCUCUACAGCGUCGCCGUUUCCGCGGCAGACCUAGUUUUGCAGCGAUGGCUGGAGGCGGAUGGCCAAAUGCAAAUUCAGAGUUUCGACCGGUGCAGAUGGACGAGAGAAAAUCCCCGCUCGAGAAAGAGUUGGAAAGGAUUGAAAAGGCGCGGAUGAAGAAGGCAGAGCGGCAGAGAGUGAAACGGAAGUUGCAAAGGGAAGAAAGGCUUAUGAAGAAGGAAUGCAGAUCGGCUAUAGCGACGGCUUUUAUGGUUGUUCAUGAGUAA